AUGUCUAUUGCUUCAUCUUGCGGAACACUCCCUCCAGUAAAAAGUGAUUACGUGCCAAAGGGUGUAAUUACAAAUGUCUCUGGUUUAGAUGUCUAUUGUAUAGUUCCUGAUUCAUUCGCUGAAACUCAAACCAAAAAUGCGGGGAAUGCUUGGACUCCUGAAAAAUUUGAAAAAUUCAAGAAUGAAAUACAUCUGGUACUUGAUUGGUUAGAAAAAAACGCUCCCCCUGAAAAGGUUCAUCAACUUACUACUCAAGUUGUAGAUCAUCUUCGCAAAGAAUAUAAAAUUCAGAAUUUUGGAUUUAUAGGAUAUUGUUGGGGUGGCAUGAUUGCUUCUAAACACUCCAAAGAUCCCACAUUCGACGCUUGUGUAUUAAUUCAUCCAGGACUUUUAUCAAUUGAGGAUUUUAAGGAGAGUCAAUGCCCUAUUGCGUUUUUACCUUCUAAAGAUGAACCCGAUCUUGAAAGCCAAUAUGUUAAAGAUCCAGUUCUUACCAGCAAACCAUUUGCUAGUAAAAUCGUUCAUCAUAGGUUUGAUAUGCACCAUGGUUUCGCAGGUUCUAAGGGUGAUUUCAAAGAUCCGGUUAAUAUUGAAGCUGUAAACAAAGUUGUUGAAAUUUCUGUUAAAUUCCUUAACGAGAAUUUGGGC